ACGGCAAAUUUGUUGCCUAUUUAGUUCGUGUCGUAUUGUGCUUUUCGUUUGUGCGUCAAGUCAUAGUUUGUCGUCGUCUCGUCAUUGUACUGUAAUAAUUUGUGUGUUAAUUAAUUAUUGAAAAAUAAUUGUUGUGUGUAUGUACUUUGGAUUACAGUGUAACUAUCGUAAUUAGUGUGUAACUGUUGAUGUGUUUGUACGGUUUUUGGAAUUUUACAAAAAUAAAUUAAAUACUGAAAACGGUCCGGUUGUUUGUAAACACGCCGCGCGUGCUCUGUGUUUGACAACAACCGUUUCGAAUGCAAUUUCACUCAGGCGGAAACAAAACGUUGCGUUAAAAGAAUAACUGCACAGCUUGAAAUGGUGUUGUGAGUGACAUUGAAAUUCCGCGUGAAAUUGUUCAAAAAAAAUUCUGAAUCUCACUUUAUCGUGCCAAAAAACUUUAGUCAUUAAGUUACCGUAAAAUUAUCUCUAUUAUAGUACAAAAAAGUAAUUCAGCAUUAAGGAUAAGAUUUAAAAAAUUGCGUUUGCAGUGAAAAUAACGAGACACGUGUAAAAACAUUAAGUAAUUCCGCGUCACUGAGAAAAACACGAGGGUCUACCAAUGCUACUAUAGCGAUCGAUAAUAUUACGCAUUACAGACGAACUGAGAAGAGACGGAACGCACACAGGCGCGUGACGCACCCUCCCCCUCCGGCCCUCCCUCGAAAACGAAAGUAAACAUUAUACAGCUUUAAACUUAAACCGAAUUUAUAGUAUAAGAGAUAGGAGAAAGUAUAGUACAAAUACACUGUGAUUUUGUUUUGUGUUCAGUAGUACGGAAGUCUGAAACUGUGAUAAUGCUAGUUGGCACAAAUCUUUGCAAUGUGAACACUGGUAUGCUGUUUGGGUAUAAUCUGCAGAGUCCGAUGAAUAUGGGGUCACGGCAGGGUUCUGUGGGAAGUAUGGUGGGGACCACGCCGAGCACUCCUGUGCAUGGGAGUGAUAGUAAACGUAGCCCGCCAUUGACCCCUUCAGAGAGGACCGGGGCGCCCCCUGGUGCGGGGAAGGACGCAGUGAAGCUUUUCAUUGGCCAAAUCCCGCGGCAUCUGGAGGAAGAAGACCUUCGGCCGAUGUUCGAGGAAUUUGGAAAGAUUUAUGAGCUCACCGUUCUCAAAGACAAGCACACGGGCAUGCACAAAGGGUGCGCCUUCCUGACUUACUUCAACCCGGAGAGCGCUUCGAGCGCUCAAUCGGCGCUGCAUGAAAAGCGGACACUACCAGGGAUGAACCGAGCAAUACAAGUGAAACCAGCAGAUAGCGAGAAUAGAGGAGAUCGGAAGCUGUUCGUUGGGAUGCUCAGCAAACAACAGACAGAGGAGGAUGUCCGUCAGUUAUUUACACCGUUUGGGACAAUAGAAGAGUGCUCCAUUCUUCGUGGGCCCGACGGAGCUAGUAAAGGCUGUGCGUUCGUAAAGUUCAGCUCACACCAGGAGGCGCAAGCAGCCAUCACCAGCCUGCACGGAAGUCAAACUAUGCCGGGCGCGUCCUCAAGCCUCGUGGUGAAGUUCGCUGACACGGAGAAGGAGCGACAGCUGCGCCGGAUGCAGCAGAUGGCCGGCAACAUGAGCCUCCUCAACCCCUUCGUGUUCAACCAGUUCGGCGCCUACGGGACCUACGCACAAGUCAUCACAGAGCAGCAACAAGCCGCGCUGAUGGUGGCGGCCACAGCUCAGGGCUACAUCAGUCCGAUGACGGCGCUGGCGUCGCACGCGCUCAACGGUAUGGCGAAUUCCGUCGUCCCACCCACCUCUGAAUUCGCAGAUAAUUACACCGGGCUGGCGAUAGGCACGGGCGGCGCGCAGCCCCUGAACGGGGCUCUGCCUUCGCUGCCGUCCCCCACCAUGCCCGGCUUCAACAUGGCCGCGCAGACCGCCAACGGGCAGCCCCCGCCGCAGGAGGCUGUCUACACCAACGGCAUCCACCAGACUUUUACUGGACCGGUGCCAGUGACCGCGCAGGGCCUGCCCAAUGGUGAGGCAGCGGCCCUACAGCACGCGGCCUACCCCGGCAUGCAGCCCUUCCCCGGCGUCGCUUACCCGGCAGUAUACGGCCAGUUUCCGCAGCCCAUUCCGCCACCGAUGUCUACUAUUGCGCCCGCGCAGAGAGAAGAUUUCCUGAUGUUCCCAGGCUGCUCGAUCUCGGGCCCCGAGGGCUGCAACCUAUUCAUCUACCACCUGCCCCAGGAGUUCGGCGACGCCGAACUGAUGCAGAUGUUCCUGCCGUUCGGGAAUGUGAUCAGCAGCAAAGUCUUCAUCGACCGCGCCACCAACCAGAGCAAAUGUUUUGGCUUCGUAUCGUUCGACAACCCGACUUCGGCCCAGGCGGCCAUCCAGGCGAUGAACGGCUUCCAGAUCGGAAUGAAGCGGCUGAAGGUACAGCUGAAGCGGCCCAAGGACGCCAACCGGCCUUAUUAACCACACACGCCGUCCCUGCGCAUUCACACAGCGUCUUUUAUGGUGGUCGGUGUAUGGUACUCAUACUCGCCAGCGACGCGCGUGAUCGCGCAUUAUCAACCAUUCUAAGGAAUUUACACGUUUAUUGUAUAGUAAAUAUCAUUACCUACAUUCUUACCUAAAGAAUUAUGCAAGCCCUCUCGGCGAGUAUACUAAAUUAGUUAAAAGUAAUUUUAAAAAAUCAGCUCGUAGGAAUGCUUCAUUCUUAUCAUUAUCGAUUAAUCAUUAAAUUACUCUAUUAUAUUAUUAUAUAUACAAUUUAUUAACUUUGAUUAAAUUAUGAUGAUUAUUAUUAUUAUUAAAAAUGACACGUUAUAAAAAUUUUGUCAUUCGUAAUCAUACUUCUACUUCUAAGUACUUAAUGUUUAACUGAAACUUUAACAUAAAUUUAUUAUACUAGUUAUUUGCUUGUAUUAAGCCAAACUGAAUUUAUUAAGUAAGUUGAAAAUGUAAGAAAGAAUGUAUUUUAAUUAUUGUAUAUUGCAACAAAAUUGUAGCGUCAGGGGCGCGCUGUGUCUUACUGACGUAGGAGCCGCGUGCAUGGCGGCCCUGCCAGCGCCCCGCCACGACGCCUCGCGGCACUGUUGUCUCCCACCUGGUCACACUAAUAUAAGUGCUCGGUAUAGAUCACUAUGAAAAUUGGAGAAUAUAAAUAUGUCCUAUAUUUUGUUAUAUUCUAUUAUGUGUGUGUCUGUAUAAUAAGCUGGGGUGUACCACACGGCAGCCGCCACAACUCCUGUAAAUGCUGCCUUGUUAGUAUAAUCCUCCGUUUGAAUGAGGCGAGAUUCAGCUGCCUUUUGUCCUAUCUCAAUUGAGACUCGUAGAUUUUUCUGUUGCAAUGUCGAAUUCCCGUCUCAGUCAAACCCGUAGCCCUGCCGCAUACGAUUGGCAAUACCACGGACAGCACCGUCCGCUCACAUCUGAGGUCUUACUGGUCUUACUGCGGGUUGCAAUGUACUUUUCACUGUCAAAUCUUAUCGCAAUGACACGCAGACAACCAAGGACAUUGCGAUGUGGUUGUCGACGCAUGACAAUGUCCUACUUACUGUAAUUGGAUGAUUGCAUCUUACUGUUAAAAGAUUCAGUGGCAAGUGAAUUGCGAAUCCGCACUAAUGCCUCUGUCCCUGGUACGCCCGGCGCUCACAAACUAAGUACAUGUUAGUGAAGGAUAUUGUUAACAAAAUUUAAUGUUUGUAUUUAACGCUGUGUACAAAUCAAAGUGCACUUCAACAAGACCGAAUACUUAGGCCUUCGUUUCAAAAGAACGUGUUAUUAUGUGUUGUAAAUUCCAAAUGGGCUGUGAUAUAAAAAGUAUAAUAUCAACAUAAUGGACUGUACAGGCCGUUCGUCUCUAUUGCUAAAUGUUGCGCUCUGUGUGCCCACCGUCCUCCGCGCUAUGCCCUGUCACCUACAAAUAUAAAAAAAUGUUUUUUGUUGAAGUUUGUACAAAACAUUUGUGAAUAAAUCUUCAUAAAAUCACUUUAUAAUAAACCAGAUUCAGAUAGGAAAAUUACAGAGGCAUAUUUUGCGAUAUUUUCUGUCAUUUUCAAUAUAAAGAAAAAAAAAACAUUAUUUUUAUACAAAAAUUUGGAAAUCUUCAGGAAAUAUCACAAAUUGUGGACAGGAAUAUUAACCUUUUGGAUUAACGAGUUAUUGUGGAAUAUGUUAUGAGUAUUUGUUGGAUGCAGAAGGGCAUGCGGCGGGAGGCGGGGGGCGCAGCACUCGCUGCAACGCGAAGUCAAUUCAAGAGCGUGCUUCCCCAAAUUUAUUUUGUGCACUCGUGUGUGUGUGUCUAUUCAUAUUAUAAACUAUUCGUGUUAAGGUAUUAAACAAUAAAUGUGGCAAACCGCGACCGGAGAGACAACAGUGCAGACAACGCGAUCUGAUUACAAAACUAGUGUAAUUUCUAUACUGACAAAAAUAGGUUCAUAAUCAAAAAGUACCAAUAUAAAUAUAAAAUUACACUGAGAUACCUUAGAUAUAUAGUGUGCGCGCGGGCGGGUUUGUGCCCGGGUCGCCGGAGUUGAAUGUUGGACGGGAUGCGCGGGCGCCGCUCCGCCGGCCGGGCCGGGGCUUGCAGAGGGAGAUCAUCCCUCACAACUUUAAUUUAAUUUUUCAAAAAUACACAACACAAACAGUAGUGGUUGUUUCUAAAUAACCACGACCUAUUUGUUACGUAUUCAGUAGACUACGUGCAGUGUGAUGCGCAAAGUUAGCCAAACAUUAAUGGCAAACCUAAGUAUAAAGAAAUUAUUUAAAAUUUUAAGAUAUAUAUACAUAGUUUAUAAAUAUAAAUUAUUCAGAUCAAACCAUAAGAAAUAAAGCGUGGGGUAAUUUGCUGAGAGUCCCGACCCGGUCCGGCACGGCCCGCCGCCCGAAGUCCGCGAGCGCGCGCCGGACCGGACGGUCGCCCGACCGCCGGACGCCGGACGCCACGCCGCCCGCCUCUAGUCAAAUAUUACACUCACCACAAGACAUAGAAUUUUAUAUUUACACAAAUAUAAUUAUAUUAUAUUGAUAAAGUAUUCUAGUUUUAGGUGUUUGAUUUACGUGUUGGCAGAGUGCAUACGAUACACUAAAUUGUCGUUAAGUCUAGUAUAUUAUUUCGAACUCACAAUUGUGCAAUAUCGUUAAGCUUUUUAAAUUGUUUUACCAUCGUUUUUUGUUCUGGAAGCAUUUUUAAUUUAUUCGUGUUUGUUAAGUUACCUUUCUAGAUAAAUUCGUCGACGUGGUCUCGUUUCGUUAACCGACUGCAGAGCCGGCCUCAUCACGUGUACCUAAACUAAAGGGUCUGUUGAUAAUUUGAGUAAUAUCAGAAAAUAUCGUAACAUACCCACAUGUAGGUACAUAAAAAUUCAGUAUAGUGUUGUGUAAUGAAAUCUUAUAACACUUGAAGAUUAUUUCCGGUUAUAUAACCCUGGGGAGUGAGAGCCGAGCUCGGUCGAGGAGCGGAGAGUGCAGCGGAGCGGCGGCGGCAUCCGCGCCGCGCGCUAUUUAGGUUACAGAUAAAUCGAUGCCAAAACCGAAACACGUAUACUUAGUAUAUCGAUUAUCGAUAAUAUCACCUCGUGGGUAAAGUAGAAGUAAACGCCCGGGGCGCGGUGGAUGGUGGGUACAGCGCCCCGGUCAUUAAUACCUAAUAUUAUGUACUUAUAUCUUUAUACUGAUUAAAAUUAAAUUCCCUAAAGAUAUAUUGCGGUGACGCGAACGUUUGUAAUAGAUUAAUGAGUCCUCUCUGAAUGUAAAAAAACAAUCGCCCAUAAAAGUGAUUCUAGGAUACAGGGUAUGCUUUGCAAUUAUUUAAAAUGUAUCUAAAUAUUUUUCAUGUAGGCAGGUUUUGCCUCUCUGUUUAGACUACGGCUCGAUCGCCCGUCGGCGGCGCUCGCGUCGCCUGUCUUUCGGGUCCACUAUAGUCUGUCGCGACUUUUAUACUUCUCGUACUCGUAGCGUAACCGACUCAUCCUCACUUCAUCCUGCCCAUCCGCGACGGCAACACUUCACGCUUUGCCGUUUUUGUUGUUGCACACCCGCGAGCAUUUCCAUUCCAAAUUAGCUACUCGUAUUACUGAAGUAUCCUCAUUCACUUGUCAUCACAUCUAUCAGACGCCGCUGUUGUCGCGCGUUCUUCAGACGGAAAAGCCUGAUGAUUAAAUAUUCUAAUUGAGAAGUUUCUAUAUAAGCGUUUUGUUCACAUACGGAUUGCUAGUUUUAGAGUGCGGUGGAUCCCUGGAGAGAACACGACGGCGGCGGUCACCACAGAACACAGAUCGGUAAACAUUAGUAUUACGAAAUCGAAUUUCUUAAAACUAUUUAACUCCUAAAAUUUUAUAAAAAUGUUUAUAUCGUUCGCAUUCUUGACGUCGCAGAGCUCGCGUAGACGACAUUUUCGAUGCACUCAAGGACGUUUGAAUCGUUGUAAAGGUCUGAUCGAAAACGGAUCGUUUUAGGCAACUAGUUAGUCUCAUCGUCGGAUGGUGGUCGCGACGCGCACGCGCACGCCACGACUGGAGUACACAACACUCACACCGUUCGAUGCUAGUCAGUAAGAUGAAUGCCAAUAUUUUAAUCAGAAAAAAAAACAAAACUUAGGAUUCGGAAUAACUAAUCAUAUUAUAUCUAUUUAUAUAUUAAAUAUGGAGAGAGGCGCAUAGUGCUUUUAUGAAUUGUAGGUCUUAGAAUGAAACAAAAGGUCUAGUCAUAUCUCUUUCUGUUUAUUUAUUUUUUCUAUCGCUUAGCAUAGUUUAGCUUCAAGCACAUGUUUAUCUAUUUAAUUCUCUUUGUACACCACAGUAUAAAUCUUAACUACUUAAUAAUGUAUAAGUUCAUUUAGGUUAUUUUAUUUGUCGACUUUUAUUCUAAAAAUCAUGACUCACUAAACGUCCUAAAGAACAUUUUCUGGAACUACCUUCAUUACUUGAUAAGUUACUGAAUAUUGAAGAUAUCCUGUCUUUGUUAUAGUAUAGCAUACUUUGCUGUGUCACAUUUUUGAUAAGUUAUCCAGAAUAUUGUCUCAUUUCAUUCGUAGUAAUUCCCUAGAAUAAGAUUUAUUGAAAUAAUUUAUUGGUAUAGGAUUGUAGCACGAGUUAUGAAUGGUAUAACCGUUUGGUUAAGUUAGAAGUUUAAAGUUAAUAGUAAGCGAGUUAAUGAAAGUGUAUGAAGUAAGGUAACUCACGCGUAGUACGCGUAGUAGUUCUGCUGUUCGAUUGUUAACGCCGCGAGAGUUGCGCUACUGUAACCGGAGUGCAACUCGAAAGGUGAUAUGAAAAUUUUGCGCCGUCCGUACAGAUCUCUAAACCGCUUAUGAUCAAAUGUAUUAUUCUGUUCGCAAUAGAUUUGGACGCUUGGAGACAGUAUAGAACAAUCUAGAAGUUUUUGAUAGUGUCUUAGUCACAAGUGACCCAUGGACGUCAGUCCGUUUCGAUGCGGACGUGUAUAUUAGUCCCAUACUCGAUUGUACAUACAUAAUGACGUCAUAUCUUUAGGAGCUUACUAGCCUUUUGCCCCGAGGGUCUCGGGCGGGUGACAGGGUGUCGCUGUUAAUGCUAAGUGAAAAUCAUAAUCAUUAACCGUUUUAGAUUAACAGGCCGAAUUUUAUAACGUAAGGCUAAUUUAAUGGGCGACAUAGCUAUGUCGGGCUCGAAAGGGAAUCACGUUUUGAUCCAACCUAUCUUUAGGAUUUUCAUAUUCUUCAAUCCAAAUUAGCAGUUGGAUUAAACGCGAAGUAUUAAGGUUUUCCGGAGGUAAUGAAAUCUGUCUGAAUAUUUUUACAAUCGAUUACAUUUCUGAGCCAGCGUGCCGAGAAUCUCAUUCUUAUUUGAGAAUAAUUCUGAUAUUUGCGAUCAAAACGCCCUCUAUACAGCUUCGAACUGGGGUUAGGAUAGCUUUUAGUCUCAGUCUACUUACAAGUUUUAUAAAAUAGGUGGUUAGAACCUCGGUUCGGGCGAGUCGUCCAAGAAUAUAGCUAGCGUGACCCGACUUGACUCGUAACCUGACAACAUUGUUCUGGAUAACUUAUAUUGGAAUAGUUUAAGAAUGCAAACUAUAGAAGCGGCUCCUUUAUUCGGAAUGAUUCGUAUCGAUUGCAGAGAUUUAAGAUUAAACAAUAGUAAGGAUUGAUAAAUCGAAUGAUUCGGAAGAAAGGGCGUGUAGCAAGGGGACGCCACGCGGCGUCUGUGAUAUACGCUUAAUGAUCGUCCAUUGAACCUACUGUAUGUUACGCAACUCCUUCACGUUGCAUUUUGUUUCUAGGCGUCCUACGCAGCCGAUACCUUUGGCACAAAUAUUGUAAAAAGUUUAAGUUAUAUCACAAAGCAGACUAACUGCGCGCUAAUGUUAACGCAACUAUGAUUGACAAACUGGCUCGUAUAGAUAUCGUAUUCCAUGUUUAUUUGUUUCAAAUAGGUUUAAAUGACAAUAAAGUUAAGUUUGGCAAUCAUAGCAACUUCCUAACAACCCCCGUUUCUUCAAUCGGAUACGAGGUCGUCAUUAAUAGAUAAUAGGAUUUUCAAAACAUUUGUGACCUGUCCCACGUACACUGUUGAGGAGACAUUAUUGAUACUCAUGUGUGUAUUUGUUGUCUGUCCCUUAUUGUCGAAACUUGUCAAUUAAUGCAGGCUCUAAACCCUAAUCACCAAAACACACUUGCACUCUCUACCUGAUUGUACUGUGCAUUCUUAAAAUGUUGCCGUGUUUAGACAAGCGUAUAGAGCUGGCAUUGUUUGCUAUAAACACACACAGUCUCAUGUAUAAACGUUAACUUAUUAAUGUGAAAAUACUGGAUGUAAAUAUAUAAUAAAUGGCGGCCAAGUAUUCGAAUUGGUGUUAAACGUUUGCAAAACUGUAUGAGCUAGUGUUAAGGUACAAAUUGAUUAGCACCAUUGGUUUGACGUACAAUGUGCAAACAGAGUUGAAUUCAGAGCUGAUAGCUAGCUAUUGAAAUGUUUAUUCUCGUAUAUUGUUAUAGUUCGCCAAAGAUUUGUAAAAUAAGAGAGAAUAUGGUCACUUCGGACAGUCGCUAGUAAAUUGUUCAGUUUAAAUUAUAUUUAUUGAUCAUUAGUUUAGAAUAAUCUGACGUAGCCAAAUAUGGUCUGGGUUUGUAGACCACACAUUAUGAAACUAAUACAAUAAUAAUUCGCCUACUUUGCAUGUCUAAUUUAGUUAAUGAACGUUUAAACCUAUUAUCGAGUUAUUAAUAUGUAAAUUGCUGAAAUAUUUCAAAACUAAAUUACUAUUCAAUUAUUUAUACACUUAUUACGUUUAGUAUGCUAGAAAUAUGAUGAAGGAUAAUAAAUAAUUUUAAUUAUA